AUGAGCUCAACGAACUGCAGAUUCUAUGAAAACAAGUACCCCGAAGUGGACGAAGUCGUUAUGGUCAACGUUCAAGAGAUUGCCGAGAUGGGUGCAUAUGUUAAACUUUUAGAGUAUGACAAUAUCGAAGGUAUGGUAUUGUUAUCAGAAUUGUCCAGAAGACGUAUCCGUUCUAUCCAGAAAUUGAUUAGAGUAGGAAAGAAUGAAGUUGCCGUGGUUUUGAGAGUUGAUAAGGAAAAGGGAUAUAUCGACUUGUCUAAGAGAAGAGUGUCAGCUGAGGAUAUUGUGAAAUGUGACGAGAGGUACAACAAGAGUAAAGCAGUGCAUUCUAUCUUGAGACAUUGUGCUGAAAAAUUCAACAUACCUUUGGAAAAGUUGUAUGAAACCAUAGGAUGGCCAUUGAGCAGAAAGUAUGGACAUGCGUACGAUGCUUUCAAGUUCUCAAUCACCGACCCAACCAUUUUUGAAGGUAUCGAGUCACCUUCAGAGGGUGUAUUGGAAGAAUUGAAAUUGUACAUAUCGAGAAGAUUGACCCCACAAGCAAUCAACAUAAGAGCAGAUGUCGAAGUAUCGUGUUUUGGAUACGAAGGUAUAGAUGCCAUCAAGCUGGCUUUGAAAGCGGCCGAGUCUGUGUCUACUGAACAAAUGCAAGUCAAAGCCAAGUUGGUUGCUGCUCCAUUAUACUUCCUUUCUGUACAAUCUUUGGACAAGAACCAAGGUGUACGUCUUUUGGAAACUGCUAUUGAAAAGAUUGUCGAAAGUAUAGAACCCAAUGGGGGUGUUUGUAAGGUUAACAUGGCACCCAAAGCCGUCACCGCUACUGAAGACGCUGAACUUGAGCGUUUGUUGGAGAGUAAGGAAGCUGACAAUAAAGACGACUCCGACGAAGAGGAUGAUGAAUAA